GCUUGAUUUCCUGCUCGCUCUGGUUCGUACGAUGCCGGUCGUCUCCUACAAACGAGAUUGAAAACCCCGCGCCAAAACAAUUCGGCAUAGCGCGCUUCACGGACAGCCAGUUCGAAGUCGCUCGUUUGUGGCUGCGUCAUUUCUCUCGUCCGCGGGGCUUGGAACCAUCGAAGCUUCACAAUGCACCAUUUGAGCGUUUGAACGCAUCCCAUUGUCCUUCCCCAAUCGCUUCUGCCCUUUCUCGCACGCAGCCAACUGAUCGCCAUGGCGCCCGCGGGUCUCAUCAACUCGUUCCUGGCCGCAGUUCAGGCCUCGCUCUCCGUUCUCCUCGUCAUCUUCUACGGAGGCGUCGUAGCUCACUUCAAGCUGCUGGAGUCGCCCACGGCGAGCAAAAUGUCGAAACUGUGCGUCAAAGUCUUUCUUCCGGCCUUGCUGUUUGUCCAAAUCGGAUCCGAGCUUCAUGUCGAAUCCGCGCAGCGCUAUCUGACCGUGUUGCUGUGGGCGUUCGCCUGUCACUUCCUCUCUUUCGUCAUCGGUAUCCUGGCUCAUCUGGGCUUCGGCAUGCCGGAUUGGAUCACCGCCGCGAUCAUGUUCAACAAUACAACCAGCUACCCUUUGCUGCUCAUCCAGAGUCUGCAGGAAACGGGAAUCCUGGCUACCCUUCUCACCAAGGACGAAACAAUCGAACAGGCCAUCGGGAGGGCCAAGUCGUACUUCUUGGUCUUCGCGACAAUCUCGUCUUGCCUUACCUUCUCCGUGGGGCCGCGUCUGAUCGACGCCGAACACGCGCCCGAAGAGCAAGGCAAGGAGGGUGAGAGCGAUGACUACGAAGACCAAGACGAUGUUGUCGACGAGAAUACCGGACUGCUGUCCGUCGCCAGUCUUGAGGAGCAGUAUCGCCGUUCUUCUGUAUCAUUUUUGUUCUCCAAAGCCCAGCGCGACAAUGACGCUCCGGUCAAGACAUUUGACCGGCGGCCGUCUGUCGUCCCGAGGAAGAAGUGGCUCGAAUUGCAUCCGCGAACAAAGUGGUGGCUUCUCUUUCUCUGGGACUUCUUCAACGCCCCGCUUCUAGGCGCCGUCGCCGGCGCCAUUGUUGGUCUCGCCCCUCCUCUGCACAAGGCGUUCUUCUACGACACUUCGGACGGUGGCAUCUUCACCGCUUGGCUGACAGCGUCGUUCAAGACCAUUGGCCAGCUGUUCGUUCCCUUGCCCGUCAUCAUUGCUGGUGUCUCAUUGUACACGUCGGUUCGAACAUCGGGCGACUCUGACCAGCCCAGAGAGCGUUCCACGCCGUGGCUUACCACCGCCUUCGUCCUGCUCGUAAGAUUUGUUCUGUGGCCAGCAAUCUCCAUUGCUGUCAUCUAUGCGCUCGCCAAGCGAACGAACGUCUUGGGCGAUGACCCCAUGCUCUGGUUCACUCUAAUGCUGAUGCCCACAGGGGCACCGGCCAUGAAAUUGAUCACCAUGGUGCAAGUAAGCGGAGCUGCAGAGAAUGAAGAACAUAAGAUUGCCUGGUUGCUAACUAUCUCCUACGCGCUUUCGCCGGUCCUCGCCUUCGCCGUCGUUGGUGCACUGCACGCAAGCCAAGCUGCAGUCUAGUGUGACCAAUCUAUCUAUCUAUCUUCACGGGAUGUCCUGCUGCGACCGUCCCACGUCAUCUUGAGGCGAGGAUACGCUGAGAGCGUUUUCUUUCCCAGCCAUUUGCCUUUGCUAUGUUCAUAACUAGCCUUUGAAGAGCACAUAGGACAUGCUCUUUAUACGAAAUUCACCGACAGCCUAGAGAUAGACAAUUUUUUUUCAUUUUCCUCGAUGUGACUAUGAUGCUAACCACUUUGUCGAUUUUGGUCCAUCUUAGAUUAACAUUUGGACAGCAGACUGGCGUGCUGAGUCCGUUUUGCUGAAUCCGGGCAUGAG